UUUUCUAUGGAUUAUAUUAUGUGUACAAAAAUUGACUAUUUAUAAAUCAGCUUCUAAUUGACUUUAACUUUAGCUACAUACAAAAGUCAGCUUAGUUUGGGUAUAUGAAGAUAUAAUCAACCGAUAGACCCAGCCGCCCCGAACGAAAGCCGGCCAAAGUGAAUGUACAAAAGUCCACAAAUACUAGCUCAUGCACACAGUUUGGCUAUUGUGCAAGAGCGCACACGCUGAGCUCUUGCUGGGAAAGAGAUUAAAACUGGAUUCGGAAUGGGAAUUGAAUGAGUGUGCCGGGAGAAAGAAAGCAAGAUGAGAGCGUCGACUCGCUUCAUAUGCCAUAGAGUGAAAUGUUGGCGGAUCAGUUGAACUCUGGCUGAGUGUGUCGACAGAUUGUGCGUGUCCAGAGCUGAAUUAGUCGCAAUGAUGUUGCGGCUUCAACUUGCUACGUUGCUAUUGUGGCUGCUGGGCAGCGUUAGCUGUUCAGAAAAGCCACAAAAUGUGCUGCUGCUCCUGGCCGAUGACGCUGGCUUUGAGAUGGGCGCCUAUCUGAACAAGUACUGCCAGACACCAAAUUUGGAUGCGUUGGCAAGCAACGGAUUGCUGUUCAACAACGCAUUCACCUCCGUGAGCAGCUGCAGUCCGAGCCGUGCUCAAUUGCUGACCGGACAGGCGAGUCAUGCCAGUGGCAUGUAUGGGCUGCAUCAGGGCGUGCACAACUUCAAUGUGCUGCCAGGGGUGAGCUCGUUGCCCAACGUGCUGCGGGAGCAGAGCAAUGGCCGCAUAUUGAGCGGCAUAAUUGGCAAGAAGCAUGUGGGUGCCGCCGCCAACUUUCGCUUUGACUUCGAGCAGACGGAGGAGCAGCAUUCGAUAAACCAAAUUGGUCGCAACAUUACCAAAAUCAAGGAGUACGCCCGCGAGUUUCUUGCACAAGCCAAGCGCGAGGCCAGACCCUUCUUUCUGUUGGUGGGUUUUCAUGAUCCGCAUCGUUGUGGACACAUCACACCGCAAUACGGCGAGUUUUGCGAGCGCUGGGGCAGCGGAGAGGAGGGCAUGGGCACGAUACCGGACUGGAAGCCCAUCUACUAUGACUGGAGCAACUUGCAGGUGCCAGCGUGGCUACCAGACACGGAUGUGGUGCGACAAGAGCUGGCCGCCCAAUACAUGACCAUCUCGCGAUUGGAUCAGGGAGUCGGAUUGCUGCUGCGGGAGCUGAAGGCAUCGGGAUUAGCUGAAGAUACGCUCGUUAUAUACACCUCGGACAAUGGUCCACCUUUUCCCGGUGGCCGCACAAACCUGUAUGAGCGUGGUAUUCGAUCCCCGCUGAUUCUCAGCUCGACACAGCCUGACGCUCGGCGUCAUGAGACGAGCGCUGCUAUGGCCAGUCUCCUUGACAUUUAUCCCAGUGUUCUGGAUGCUCUCCAGCUGUCGCCGCCGAACGGAACACGCUUCAGCGGCCAAUCGCUGUUGCCUGUGCUGCAUAAGGAGCCCGAGCCUGUGGAGACCGACGCAGUCUUUGGUAGCCAGAGUUACCAUGAGGUGACCAUGGCUUAUCCCAUGCGCAUGGUGCGCAACCGCCGUUAUAAGCUCAUACACAAUCUGAACUACUGGGCAGAUUUUCCCAUUGAUCAGGACUUCUAUACGUCGCCCACGUUCCAGCAGAUCCUUAAUGCCACCAUCAACAAACAGGCAUUGCCUUGGUAUCGCACUCUGCAGCAGUAUUACCAGCGACCCGAGUGGGAGCUGUAUGACAUCAAGGCGGAUGCUUUGGAGCGCUUCAAUCUUGUGGAUAAGGCCAAAUAUAGCGCCACCUUGAAGCAGUUGCGCCAGAAGCUCUUCAAGUGGCAGGUGGAUACAGAGGACCCUUGGCGUUGUGCUCCGCACGCAGUGCUGCAAGAUCAGGGCGUUUUCAAGCAGGAACCCGCAUGCCUGACCCUGGGGCACGAGGCGUUGCAAAGGCCCAAACGUCGGCGGCUCACGCAGUACGAACAGUAUUUCGUAGUGUAACUAGCCGCUCUAUAGAGCAUCGGCUUGCAGCGUAUCUAGUCGCCCAGCUGAUACGAUCAAUUAGUCUUCAACUGUUCUAAGCACUUUUUCGGUUUUGUAUUUUCUCUUAUCAGAUUGAAAAUAAAAUGCAACUUAAUGUACUGAUAAGACCUUGGCACAUGCUCAUAUCAAAGUCUUUUACAAUCAUUAGUCAUUUGGGCCUAGACGUACUGCUAAACUGAUAAGCAUUGAAAUA